AUGAGGUUGGCGCACCCUUGGGGGCUGCUUUGGACGCUUCUGCUGCUGCCCGCCGCGGCAGGAACGCAAGAGAGCUCGUCGGAAGGGCACGGCGGCGGCAGCCCGAGUUUUCAGGUCGUCACUUUCAAAUGGCAUCAUGUCCAGGACCCGUACAUCAUCGCCCUCUGGAUUCUCGUGGCCAGCCUGGCCAAGAUCUUUUUCCACCUGUCUCAUAAAGUCACCAGUGUGGUCCCUGAGAGUGUUCUCCUCAUUGUCCUUGGCCUUUUCCUGGGUGGCAUCGUUUAUGCAGCAGACCACAUUGCCUCCUUCACCCUUACGCCGACAGUCUUUUUCUUCUAUCUGUUGCCGCCCAUCAUCUUAGAUGCAGGCUAUUUCAUGCCAAACAGACUCUUCUUUGGCAACCUGGGCACGAUCCUUCUGUAUGCUGUCAUUGGGACUCUCUGGAAUGCUGCCACAACAGGUCUUUCACUGUAUGGGGUCUAUCUCAGUGGAAUCAUGGGUGAACUUCAGAGUGGGUGGCUGGACUUCCUCCUGUUUGGCAGUCUGAUUGCUGCAGUGGACCCUGUUGCUGUGCUGGCAGUAUUUGAAGAAGUCCAUGUCAAUGAUGUUCUUUUUAUCAUUGUUUUUGGAGAAUCUCUACUCAAUGAUGCUGUAACUGUGGUACUAUACAACGUGUUUGAAUCCUUUGUUUCAAUUGGAGCCGAAAGUGUCACUGGGGUGGACUGUGUCAAAGGAGUAGUGUCCUUCUUCGUGGUGAGCCUGGGGGGUACGUUCAUUGGUGUCGUCUUUGCAUUCCUGCUCUCGCUUGUCACUCGCUUCACAAAGCAUGUCCGAAUCAUUGAGCCGGGAUUUGUAUUUGUCAUCUCCUACCUAUCUUACUUGACAGCUGAGAUGCUCUCACUUUCAGCCAUCCUUGCCAUAACCUUCUGUGGUAUCUGCUGUCAGAAAUAUGUCAAGGCAAAUAUUUCUGAGCAGUCUUCCACCACAGUGCGAUACACCAUGAAGAUGUUGGCUAGCGGAGCUGAGACUAUUAUUUUCAUGUUUCUGGGAAUUUCAGCAGUGGACCCUAAUAUCUGGACGUGGAACACAGCUUUCAUACUCUUGACCUUGCUCUUCAUCUCAGUCUACAGAGUCAUUGGUGUAAUCUUACAGACCUGGGUUCUAAACCACUAUCGAAUGGUCCAAUUGGGUAUAAUAGACCAGGUGGUUAUGUCAUAUGGUGGCCUUCGUGGUGCUGUUGCCUUUGCUUUGGUGGCACUCCUGGAUGAAAACAAAGUCAAAGAUAAAAACCUCUUUGUCAGCACAACCAUCAUUGUUGUAUUUUUCACUGUAAUAGUUCAGGGUUUGACAAUCAAGCCUUUGGUACAGUGGUUGAAAGUGAAAAAGAGUGAGCACAGAGAGCCCAAACUGAACGAAAAGCUCCAUGGCAGGGCCUUUGACCACAUUCUUUCAGCUAUUGAAGACAUAUCUGGUCAAAUAGGACACAAUUACCUGAGAGACAAGUGGUCCAACUUUGACAGACAAGUCCUCAGUAAAGUACUGAUGAGAAGAUCGGCUCAAAAAACCAGAGACCGGAUUCUUAAAGUUUUCCGUGAGCUCAACUUGAAAGAUGCAAUUAGUUAUGUGGCAGAGGGAGAGCGAAGAGGUUCCCUGGCAUUCAUCCGCUCCUCAAGUAUUGACAACACAGCCAAUGUGGACUUCAACAUCAUCAGUCAAAUGAAUGAAGAGGGCUCUGUCUCCCAACUGCUGAGAGAAACUGCCAGUUCUGUCUGCCUUGAUAUGCAAGCUCUAGAGCAGAGAAGAAAAAGCAUCCGAGAUGCAGAAGAUAUGUUCACUCACCAUACACUGCAACAGUAUUUGUACAAACCUAGACAAGAGCACAAACUUUUGUAUAGUCGUCAUAAAAUAACUCCAAAUGAAGAGGAUAAGCAAAACAAGGAGAUUUUCCAGAGAACCAUGAGGAAACGCCUGGAGUCUUUCAAGAGCACCAAACUGGGCUUGAACCAGCCAAAGAAGCUGAACAAGAUUCACAAGAGAGACAGAGGCCAGAAAAGAAGAAAUAGCAGUAUCAUACCAAAUGGCAAUGUAUCUACUGAAACCCUAAAGGAAAAAGAAAUUGAGUUUUCUGAGCCAGAGGAAAAUGAUUAUGACCACCUACAGACAGGGUCAGCAAUGGAUUUCCUAGCUAAUGUCACCAAACAGAACUUCACAGAUACAAGUGGCAUUGACAAUCCAGUAUUUUCAGCUGAUGUUGAACAAACCACUACCAUGAGGUUUCCACCUUGGCUUUCCUGUGAAGAGGUGGUGGUGCCAUCCCAAAGGGCUAGAGUGCAGAUACCCUAUUCUCCAAACAGCUUUCAACGGCUUGCCCCCAUACGACUCAGCAAUAGAUCUGUAGAUUCCUUUUUGCAAGUAGAUGGCCCUGAAGAACGACCUAGAGCUUUCCUCCCAGAAUCGACACACAUGUAA